AAAAAAAAAAAAACAUGUAAUAGUUAUGGGAUAAUAUAGAAACUAUUAACACGUACUUUUACAAACAAAAAAAAAAACUAUUAACACGUUUUGAUGUCGAGUGUCUUGAGACAUGAGGAAUGGCCUUGUCGGCGCAAGUUCUAAGCCUGAUGCAAGAGGUGGAUGCUAUGGGUAAAUCUUAUAUGCUUACUAAUAUAACCCCAAGUGUUUAAAAUAGCCUUAAAUAUCAAAUUUGAUGGAUAAAGAAACAGAUUAUCUUCUAGAUUAGGAUAAUUGAUAACGUUCGGAUUAACCAAAAAUUAAACUGCGCAUGAUAUGGAUUAAAUUGAGUAAAUUGUUUAUAAAAAAUCUGUUUUCAUAAGAUAUAUUUAUUUAUCACAGAAAAUCUUCUUUAAUCUUCACGGAGGACACAGAACGGAUUGUGAACACCAUCAAGAAAUGGAUAUAAGUUGUUGCGGCGAUUACUCUGAUGCUUCCCCGGUGGCGGAAAUGGCAACGGAGAGCGAAUGGUUCGCGUUGAGGCUUCUGUGCGUCGUCUUCUUCUUCUUCAGCUCUGUUUUAUUAUUGUGUUACUUCCUAUACCCGAAACUGCCGAAGGCGGCAGCCGGAGAUGAGGAAUCCGGUGAGCCGCUUCCACCGGCGAUGAUACUCGGGAAGAUAGGCGGCGGCGGGAUCACGACGGAUGUUUGCGUGAUAUGUUUGGAGGAGUUUAGGAGAAACGACGCCGUUAGGGUUUUGGUGACAUGCAGGCACGUGUUUCACGUUCAAUGUAUAGAUUCUUGGUGUCUGUAUAAGUUGGCAUGUCCGGUUUGCAGAGCUCCUUUCCGGGUAUUUGGUGAAUGGUAAUUAUUUUAGGAGCACCGAAGUUUAGGGUUUAUGUUCUGUAAAAAUGAUGAGAGGUUUAAUUUGUAAAUAUUUACUGUAUAUAGAUAGAUGUAUUUAUUUUAAAAAAAAAUUAAAGCACUGAUCAGUAAAUUUUUUUUUUUUUUUAACACCAAAUGCUUAUAUUAAAACUAAAUGUCCAAUGGACUAAGUCGGUUACAACUAGAGAGGUUCUCGAUGUUAAACUGAUAAGCAAAAAUAACUAAGACAUGACAAAAGAUAGAUGUAGCUAAGGAAAGAAGAGACCCGUAGAGAAGCUUCACUUGUAAUCCUAAAGCCCGCGUUAAAAGAAACGCAAAGAAGUCGAAUUCGACUUUGAAAAACCCAAUCAAUGGGUUUUGAGAACAAGAAGUCUGUGAACAUCUGUACAUAGCUGCUCCAGUGAGAUGUCGACUCUGUGAAGAUCAGUAAAGUCUAAAUAGUAAAUACUCACAGGCACAACGAUGAAGACGAAACAAACAAAUGAAAACACAACAUAUAUAUCAAUAUCAUAUAUAUAUAUAUAUAUAUAUUUGAGUGAUUUUGACCCUGUUUAUAAUAACUCGAUAUAUAGCUUGGUUUGGUUGUUUGUAUAUCUAAUCUUGUGCUUUGAGAAAAUUUCUCCAGCUUUAUAACAAUAUAGUUUAAGAUUUCAAUAGUGAUUGGGAGUGGUGGAACCAUAUAGUCUCUUAAAAAUAUGACAAACUAUUUUCUACCACCAAGUUGGGUUCGAUAGCUUUCAAUAAAUUACUCGUUCCAUCUUAGACUUAAUAUUUUCCGCCAUUUAUGUUAAAAAAUGAUGUGUAGCUCGUUUACUAUCUACAAGUGACGUUUCCAGAAGUUGACAUUGCAAAUUCUUUAGUUUCAGUAUUCAUAACAAAUAUAUAGUUAAUUAUAUAUGACUUUAUAAUGUUUCAAGAGUUUUUGGUAGUUGUUAAUAUUUCAUUUGGUUGCGAACUGAGAAGCAGU